CAAAACACUACUCUGCUGCAACAGGCUGAGGAAAAAGCUGCUAAAACUGCGCCACUGAAGCAACCGCUUCUUACUCAGCGGCACGAGCUGCGCCGGAACGCAUCUGUAGGGAUGGAUGAACAGCUUAUUCUUGGUAUAGACAUUCCAGAAUCUGGUAAUAAGGUCCAAACUGUAAAUAUCGCCCAUCUUGCUGAUUGCACAUCCUCCGCUGCUACGACCACCACUUCCACCGUCACCAGUGCAAUAGUCACUCCAACUACCGCCAGCAAUGCCGAAAUCUCCACGGUCGAUGCAGUCACUAACACUGUUUUCGAUAACUUACGAACUAAGGCCACAACUAUUUCUCCUCCCUCCACCCCGGCCACCUCAGUUCUGGGUACCAACACCGUGCACCGUACUGAGGUCAUUAUGGCCGGUUGUUACUCUGCAGCGCAUAGGGCGCGUCUAGCUUCUGCCUUCCCGUGGGGCGAUGAGUCACCCUCAUUACCACAUGACCCGACCCAGCUGGCAGUUGUGCCACGUAAUUUUGCUCCUGUCCUGUUUGAAGGCAGAUCACUUCCAGAAGGAUUGGCAUACUCUUCUGGCGACACAGGUGAGUAA